CAUCUGGUCGAUGUCGUGCUUUAGACCAUACACCAACGAGCCUUUGCCAGAUCAGGAUGAGUAUUGCCGAGAACCCGGAGCUAUGUGUGGAUAUGUAGAAAAGUCACUAUCAAGAUCCAAGUGGGAUAAACGACUAGCCAUAAUUAGUGCACAAGGCGAACUCAUCAUCUACAAAGAGCCCCUCAUGGGCAAAAUUUACGAACUGAAAAAGAUGAAAAACAUGAGAUUAGAACGACUCGCUAACGGAAGAAUUGUAGUUCAAAUCUAUUUAAAUGAUGGAAAAAAGGUGAAGCUAAGACUUUCUGGUGAAAACGCAGCAGCAUGGGCUGCUAAGCUUAUCAACAUAAAAGGAGAGUCACUAGGUCAUCAAACUCAUCCAAAUAUCGACUAUACUUCGCUGCAAUCUAGAGUACCGCUUAGGUCAGAAACUGUCAAAAGUCAAUCACCCCAGGAGAAAAUUUUGGGAAUUCAUAGAGCAUCACCGUCGAUUUCCAAUAACAGCAAGUUUUCCUACUCCGUGACAUUGCAAGAAGGAGAGGAAUCCAGCGAAGACUACGGAAUAUCGAGAAAUGGUGGAGAAGAUGUUUUGUUGAGCGGCGAUUUUCCAAGCAUUAUUGAUUGUGCCAAAUUUGAUGGAAUGGGACGUGCAAGGGGUGGCAAAGUACAAGAAGAUGUGUCGGAAAUGAUUCAUACAAUCAUGACGACCUCUUCGCAUACAUCAUCAAAUAGAAAGUUGAUACGGCAGCAAGUUGAUGAGCUUAUCAAAAAGCAUAUGCAGGAAAAUGGAAAAAGGCGAGAGAACGAUUACCAUCCAGAAACCAUAUGCCCGCCUCUCAAUUCGAACAAUGUGAGUGCUUCCAAUCGCAUACAAAACUGCAUGUAA